AACGGAAGUUCUUGGCGGAAGUGACGCAUUUGAAAAUGCCGUCCAAUCACACGACAUUCGAGGGAAAUUCAAAUUACGGAUCUCUGCGAAACCAGCAAACAAUGGACCAUUUUGAAAUGAUCAGAUCGUGGUUGCAUGUCGCUUGCUAGUUUAUUUCAGUGGCUCCAGUUAAGAUUUCUCUACGUGUCGUCCAAAAUCGUGAAAAACAUGUUUACUCCGUCAAGAUACAACAGAGAAGCAACUUAUUUUUAUGAAGAAGACCCAGUUGGUGGAGACCGAACUUUUUUCCCUGCAUUGAAGGCUUUGAGGACAAGCGAGCCGAUAACCAGGGAACUCGUUGAAAGCCCAGCCAAGGUAUUUGCGAGGAUGAAAUCUAGAGUUCAGGCAGAGAGAAUACCGGUUGAGAACGAGAGGACCAAAACACCUAAACCCGUGAGAGAAAAACAGGUCAGAGAAAAGCGAGUCCAAGAAGAACAUGGUGGAGUAAUGAACUCGCCAAGAAAACGACAUCAGCCUUGGGUGAACUAUGAACAAAAGGAAAACGAGGACCUUGAAUUCACUUACGAGGCAGAGGCUAUGACCCUUUCACCAGUUCAAUCGCCAAACAAGGGUUUGACAUAUUCACACUUUAUGGUCCACACACAAGACCUUCAACGACCAUCACCCUUGAAAGACCUAGGUAGUAGUGCGUUCAAGCAAACCAACAGAAAUACACAAAAUAAAGGCCCAGCUCUGGAUGCUUUCUCAACAAAGUCCCAAAGGAAAGCUUUGUCAUACCCGCACACUCUGCUCAGCUCAAAUGACAUCCAACAACCAGCACCCCUCAAAGACUUCGAAAGUGCCUCCCAGACAACCAACAGAAGGUCAAAGCAUAGGUCGAAGUCAACGGAAGAUUGCAAUGGGGCACCCAACAUUGUACAUGAUGAAUCAGUUUACAGGUCACAAGUUGUUUUGGAUAGACUGCCAUGCCUGGAUUCUCUAGCAAAUAGGUUUUCUCUUCUGAAAGAGGGAAGGCGAAAGCGGGACCAACAAGACGGUUAUCAAGUGAGCAGCCCACAGGAUCCCAUGAAAGGAGGAAGUGCCCGUGUGCGCAGCAUGUCGACCCCGGCACAUGCCGCCGGGGGCACCGAAGAGGACGCCAGUGUGAACGUGACCUGUAGUGUAACCUCAGUGCCCACUGGCCUAUCAGAGACCAGCGUUCCGUCGAGUCCAGAUGCCGGCCUCAGCCAGUGUGGGUUCUACCGUGAUAAGCCUCCCCCCAAGCCCCUCCCAGACCUGGUGCACGACCCCCUCCUGCAGGUCUCACCGAAGAUCUCCAUCCCCAAGAAGCGGGAGGCUGUAUUCCAAGCCAAGCACCUAGCAGAGUCCACUGGAUCCAAUGCUACAGGGAUUCACCUUAGACACUGGCUCCUGAAGAGUAGGAGAGGCAGGUUGUAUGUGGAUGGUGUCCGUGCGGACAACAAGAUGCCCUGGCACAGCAACCUCAUCGCAGAGCGAAUCUCAACCAACGUCCUGAAGACCGCUUCUGGCAGCAUUUACAUCCUGGUGGGAAAGAUGACCCCGGAUUUCAGCGGAACUCAACUCCCAACAUGGCUGUUGAAGAAGUUUCUCUUUGGCUUCCCAAAGAAUUGGAAGGAAUACCUUGAGCGCUUUUUGUCAGAGCCGAAUGGUUCAGAAGCUGAACAUUCUAAAAAGGGGAGUAAGGACCUGGCAACACCCCAGAACCAAAAACACCUCCCCACGAAGAAGCAGUCUUCCACAUCCCAAAUGCCAAACGCCACUAAGAGACCUGCUCCUUGCAGUGCCACCAGUGCGGUGAGCAGUGCUAAGGUUUCCCGGAGUGGCCGGCUUCUCAAAACCCCUCUGGAGUACUGGAAAGGGGCCAGAGUCAUCUUGGAUUGCGACAUGAACGUCACCAUUCAUGGGGGUUAUGACCAGUCGUCUAUACUUUACUCUCAAGUCAGUACGCCUGUGGCCAGAGUAUUGUUAGACGGACCACCAAAACCGGCCAAGGUGUUCUUACCUCCAGCGGAAGAGCGGCUGCGAGGUGACACCAGUGACGAGGAGACUGUGCCACUGAGAAAGGUGAAGGCUUAUCACAGGCCUCUGAGGUCGAAGCCAGAGGAGAACCCCCCUCACACGGCCCCUGAGUCUUGGCGGUGUAAGGCUGAAGACGACGCCCUUUCCAGGGGCCCCGAAAGGCCCAAGAAGGCCAGCCCAGAGCCUCACAGGUCCAUGUCUUUGGAGAACUCCUCUCACAGGGGCCUAGGAAGACCCAAGAAAGCCAGUCCAAACUCUCAGUGGUCUAAGCCAGAGAACCCCUCUCACAGGGGCAGAGGAAGACCCAAGAGGGUGAGCCCAGCAUCUCAGAGGUCCAAGUCUGAUGUGAUCCUCUCUCCCAAGCACCGGGGACGGCCCAGGAAGACCAGCCCAAGGUUUCAGGGUGCAGCAGCGCCGGCCGCGUACGCAGACCCUGCCCCACAAUUCCCAACCCGUCCACGUCACUCUCGCCAGGGCGCCAUCAAACAGAGCGCCGAUGACAACUCGGACAACACCAAUACAUCCUCAGAGCUGUUACCAGGGAAACGAGUCAAGGGUUCAAAAAAAGUAGGCCCUCCGAGAGUGCUUGAUAUGUCAAAGAAUAGGGUCAGUCCUCAGAAGAAGCUCCCAGCGAAACUCUGGGAUGACAUCGUGAUGGAAAGGAAAGACACAGGGAAACCUGCGCCCACAAAGACCGUUUCAGCCUCCGUGGGUAGGAGUAGGAACGUUCAGGACGGUGGUCGCGGUACUGCCGGAGAGUCCCAGUCCGAUGACGACUUCACACAGAAGAAAAAGCCCAAGGCAUUCAAAUCGGGACCCAUAAAGCCACGGGGUAAGAGGACACGUGGAAGGGUUCCGGAAGAUUCCAAGGCAGCAUCGAGUGAUUCGUCGACUUCCCAGGACGACAGGAAGAGUGAAUUGAGUAAAAGGGCCGGCCCGCAGACACUGAGGGGAAAGGGUAGCAAAUUCCUCAGGGUUCAGCAGAGAGAAAAGGAAGGAAAUGGAGAUCAGUGGACAGAGACAGAACUGUUGAGACUACAUGAGGCUGUGACGUCACUUCCCAAACACACAAAUGACUUCUGGGUGAACGUUGCCAUGGUGGUGGGCAGCCGUUCAGCUGAGGAGUGUCAGAAGCGGUACAACGGCCAGGCCCCCACCUCCCUGCCGCCUACCAAGGCCACCAAGAAAAGAGAAGUUCUGCACAAGAGGGAUCCAUUGGUGGAACCGCCUCGGAUAACCGCGAAAAAGGGCACACUGAAGCGGAAGCAGCAGGUGCGGAACCUCCUGGAACACAUGCCCAAGGAUGACCACGAUGACAUCUUCAACAGCUCGCCCAUGCAGAACAAGCGGGUCAAGUUGCCCACAGUGUCUCCCAAAGGGAAAGAGGAUGUGUUCAUGCGCUCUGAGCAAGACCCACAAACCCCCAGCUCAUCACGCUUCCCAUCGGUGAAAACACCUCAGUGUCUCCACAUCACCCCCGGCAUGAUGGGCUCGGUGAACAGAGACAACGAUGACAAGUAUAUCUACCAACUUCAAAAAAGAAUGAAGAAAGGCCAAGCGAAGCUGCAUAAAUUGGGGGCCGCUUCAAAGUACACGCCAACGCCAUCAGCCAAACGUGUUUUGAAGAGAUGCAACACCGCAGAGAAUGAUUCUUCUUUUGUGGUGUGGGAAAUGUUCCCUGACAAGGAGGACCAUUCAGUGGAAAGUGGGGAAGAAGAGGACUAUUAUUUUAUGGAUGAUGACUGAGCUGCAGAUUUAUGGGUCUCUUUACUCCAAGCAGGCUGAAAAGGGGAGGGACAUAUCUGAGUUUGUCUAAUAAGAAACGCUAGUUUUUGUUGCAAAACAUUUAGCUAUGGUUUGUACUUAUACACCCUGUUUGGAUGAUUACGUUUUAAAACAGGAAAUGAAAUGCUGUAACAUUGUCAAUAUUUUUAUAUCUAUACACACUGUGUAAUUGUCAAUUAGGUUCUGUGAUUCAAUCCCCACGGCUGUUGUUUUAAAAUGGGUUUAAAAUGUUUUGUUUAUAUAUUGUGCCCCCUGAAUGCAGAGCCUUUUUACAAUAAAUGUUAAGACGA